AGAUUUCCUGGAAGGAAAUAAAGAUAAAGAAACUGUCUAUAUAAAGAAUGAUGGACUGAUAGAACAUCAGAUUUGGCAUCAAUUUCAACUGUAGGCCUAGUAUAAUUAUCAAUAGGGGUACUGGUGUCUGUGCAAUAAACAAUUUAUUAUUUUGGAGUGUUUUGCAUGGAGUGUGAACGUUGUAAAAUAGGCAGUACCUGCAAUUUAAAAACCUUGAAAUUCCUGUAUGGAUUCAGAUGAAAAUGUUUUUUUUAAUUUUUUGUAAAGUUUAUUUUACAUAAUCUUACCCAUCAGUUUCUUCACCCUCUGAUUAUGUAUAUAACCUGUAGAUGGAGAUGAGAUGCCAUGUAGGCCUACAGUAUCCAAUGAUACAUACAGUGAGUGAUAUGCUGAGGAUAUGAAAACAUAAGCAGUGAAAAGGGAUGGAAUCUAGUUUUCAUUACUCAGUAACUUAGAAUAGCUUACAACACCUUUUUCUAAAUGAAGGAAGCACGGUACAUUGGAAAAAUAGUUGGGGAUUGCUUCGGAAGUAUAAAAUAAAUGCAUCUAGUGCCUUUAUUGUCCAUUUAUACUAUUCUUUAAACAACAGCUUAGCUCCUUUCCUAGUAAGAAACCGGCUAAUUUCUAUAUUUUAACGUCACGCGGGGUCAUCACAUGGUUCCCCUGCUCUCUCAAGACGCUCAAACCACAACACCCUGUCUACAUCGGAUGCCAGCGUCCGUCGCGCCGACAGUAAACGGGAGUCCAGUUCCAUCUUGCACUACACACGCUGGCACUAAUACUGCCAACAACACAAAUAAACGGUUUAGAACGUUGUGUUGAUGCAUCCAGUGUAGACGGCCACAAGCCGUUGCGUAGCGUCGCAUCAAUAGACACGCCCGGUGUAGACGGUGUAAGACGUUCCAUUAGAUGGUAGUUUAGUCGGUCGGACGGCUAGGUUUUGGCACGGAGUUUCCGCCAGACGGGAAGCGCAAAAGUGUCCGGCUUGACGACUCUCAUCUCAACUCCUACCAGCAAAUCUCGCAGAUCGGUAAAUCGAGAUGCAGUUCAUGUCGACACACCUAAAGUGUUCUCGCUUAUCUAGAAUCCCUGCUGCAACGCAAUUGGUUCUUUUUGGAAAUAUAUUAGCAUAUUGGCUUCUGCGCGUGUCACUCACAGUGAGAGGCGUUCAGUUGUGAGACAUAGGCUGCGUCCGAAAAUGCUGCAUACGGAUGUAGGAUGAAAAUAAGGUGCUUUCAUGCUGUUCUAAGACCAGUUUCAUUAAGAGUUCUAUUUAUUCAAAAACUCUGUCGGUUAAGCUAUUAACUGAUUAGGCAACAAGUCAGCUGCCUACGUUUUCGGAUGCAGCCAGAAUGUGCAGCUGCUCUCGCGCUUAUGAGAUAGACAAUGUGUGCUAGUGCUAUAGAAGAGCACAGGAUGUAAUACAGUUUUCUUUUUAUCUUGUAUGAUUUUUUUAACAUUCAUGUGCGAAAUGCGGCUGUCACGGAAAGGGUGGACUAUAUGCACCAUAAGCAUUCUUCUGAUAUUCUACAAGACUACAGAAAUCAGCAGAAGUGAAGAGCACCAUGAAGCUGGAUUGGCAAGGGACUCUGAGCCAAGUGCUAUUAGACUGAUGGUCAACUGCACUGAUAAAGCCUUCGGCAGUGGUCUAAGCGAUUUGAGUGACUCUAGAGGAGGGUGGAAAAUUAAUCUCACUCUUGUGACCAUUAUAAGAGAUGCUGUUACCUUCCUGUUUGCCGUCGCCCUCGCCAGUUCUGUGCCCAGUUCAUGUGGAGAAAGAUUCCUCAGUCUCUGCCCGUGUCUCGGGGACAAUAUCAUCUGGGCUUUGCUUCGCAACACACCAGCUUCUCAGACUCUCUUCGGAUUGUUCCUGACUUCCACAAAGCACACACUUAUCAUACGAACACACCCUUCACUAACCCAUUGCAGCGCUGGAUUUCAGCCUUUUGCAGCCGGUAUCAGGAAGGGCAUUCUCCGCUUCUUGGAUGCAGAGAGGGACGUGUCCGUUAUAAAGAGCAGUUUUAAACCAGGCGAUACCAUCCACUACGUUCUGGACAGACGCAAGACAUUUAUCAUGUCUAACACCCUGCACAGUUUACUUCCUGAAGUGUCUCCUCUGAAAAACAAGAGGUACAAAACAUGUGCUGUGGUGGGAAAUUCAGGCAUUCUCCUCAAGAGCGGAUGUGGAAAGGAAAUAGACAACCAUGAUUUUGUUAUACGAUGUAACCUUGCUCCUCUGGAUGAGUUCGCUGAUGACGUGGGUUUAAGGUCAGACUUCACCACUAUGAACCCCUCUGUGAUCCAGCGGGUAUAUGGAAGCUUGCGGAACGAAAUGGAAAAGAAGCGUUUCAUACUGCGUUUACGGCAGCUGAAUGACAGCGUGCUCUGGAUCCCAGCUUUCAUGGUGAAGGGUGGUGAGAGGCACGUGGAGGGUGUGAACAAUCUCAUUCUCAAGCACAAAUUGAAAUUGCGCACUGCCUAUCCAUCACUUCGACUUAUUCAUGCCAUACGAGGAUACUGGCUAACAAACAAGAUUUAUAUCAAACGACCCAGCACUGGAUUAUUGAUGUACACCAUGGCUACACGUUUCUGUGAGGAGAUCCACCUGUAUGGUUUCUGGCCUUUUCCUAAAGAUGCCACCGGAAAUCCUGUUAAAUAUCAUUACUAUGACACACUGAAAUAUCGCUAUUACUCUAGCGCGGGUCCCCACCGCAUGCCCUUGGAGUUCAAAACUCUUAAAGCACUGCACAGCAAGGGCGCGCUAAAACUGACGACCUCUAAAUGCUCAAAACCUUGAAGUGCAGCUCUUGGACUCUCUGCAUACCUAUGCUAAGUCACAGAGUGAUGUGGUGAAUGUUUAAAGCUUUGAUGAAUG